GUGGCCUGGCACGCAGUGCUGCCUCUGGAGAGCUGCUCUGAGGAAGUGCCGCUGAUGCCCGCUUGCCCGUUCCGGGAUGGCAGCUAGCUGACUGGGGGCCGAGGAUGACCUGGUCUGAUAGCCUGCGUGAGAAGAUCUCCCGGGCCUUCUACAACCACGGACUGCGGUGCGCUUCCUGCCCCAUCCCAAUCAUCCUCUUCACAGGCCUCUGCGUCCUGGCCUGUUGCUACCCGUUGCUGAAGCUCCCACUGCCAGGCACGGGGCCUGUGGAAUACACUACGCCAGUGAAGGACUAUGCCCACCCUCCGGCUGACCCGGCACAGCGGCAAGGAGAGCCAAGCGAGAGGCCUGACUGGUACUCCGGAGCGCCUGUAGCCUACAUCCAGCAGGUCCUGGUGAAAGCCACUGUUUCCCCAUGGCCUAAAACAUUCCUGGCAAUUGAUGUGUUUCGGUCUCCGCUCGCCCGGGUCUUCCAGCUGGUGGAAGAAAUCAGAAAUCACGCCUUGCGAGACGGCUCCAGGACUAAAAGUUUGGACGAAAUCUGCCUUCAAGUCACAGACCUCCUGCCCGGCUUGAAGAAGCUUCGUGGGCUGUUGCCUGAGCAUGGCUGCCUCCUCCUCUCCCCGGGGAACUUCUGGCAGAAUGACCAGGAACGCUUCAGCGCAGACCCGGACCUUGUUAGGACCAUCCACCAGCAUGAGCCAAAGACCUUGCAGACGUCAGCCACCCCCAAGGACCUACUCUUUGGCGUCCCUGGGAAGUACAGUGGCGUGAGCCUCUACAACCGGAAGCGGGUGGUGGCCUACGCCAUCACGUUGGGUCUCCGGCACUAUGACUCCAGGUUCCUCGCCAGCCUCCGCUCGCGUCUCAAGCUGCUGCACCCCAGCGCCAACAGCAGCCUGCAGGAAGACCAGAUGGUCCACGUCCACUUCAAGGAGGAGAUUGGCAUCGCCGAGCUCAUCCCCCUCGUCACCACCUACAUCAUCCUCUUUGCUUACAUCUACUUCUCCACACGCAAGAUUGACAUGGUGAAGUCCAAAUGGGGCCUAGCCUUGGCUGCGGUCGUGACGGUGCUCAGCUCCCUGCUCAUGUCGGUUGGGCUGUGCACGCUCUUCGGCCUCACGCCGACGCUCAACGGAGGAGAGAUCUUCCCGUACCUGGUGGUCGUGAUUGGCAUAGAGAACGUGCUGGUUCUCACCAAAUCGGUGGUUUCCACGCCCGUCGACCUGGAAGUGAAGCUGCGCAUUGCCCAAGGUUUGAGCAACGAGAGUUGGUCCAUCAUGAAGAACAUGGGCACCGAGCUGGGCAUCAUCCUGAUCGGCUACUUCACCUGGGUCCCGGCCAUCCAGGAGUUCUGCCUUUUUGCAGUGGUGGGCCUGGUCUCGGACUUCUUCCUCCAGAUGUUUUUCUUCACCACCGUCCUCUCCAUUGAUAUCCGCCGCAUGGAGCUGGCUGAUCUCAACAAGAGGCUCCCAGCUGAAGCCUGCCUCCAGCCCGCCAAACCAGGGGGCCGUUGCCAACGGUAUGAGCGCCAGCCGGCCAUGCGCCCAGCCACCCCGCACACCAUCAACCUCCAGCCCUCCUCUCUCCGGAACCUGCGCCUGCCCAAGCGCCUGCGGGUGGUCUAUUUCUUCGCCAGGACCCGCCUGGCCCAGAGGCUCAUCAUGACUGGGACGGUGGUCUGGAUUGGCAUCCUGGUUUACACGGACCCCGCCGGCCUCCGCCUCUACCUGGCUUCCCACGUCACGGAGCAGAGCCCCCUGGGCGAAGCGGGGCUGCCAGUCAUGCCGGUCCCGGGAGAGGUCCUUCCCACGGGGGACGCCAAGCUGUCCCUCUCCGUCUUCUCUGCGGACCCUGCGCAGCCACCGCCGCCGCCGCUGUCGGUGAACCAGUCGUCGGAUACCUCGCGUCGGCCGGAGGUGGAGCGCCAUGCCGAGGAGCUGUCACACGCAAGGAGUGGGGGGCACCCAGACCUGGGCCCCACGGCGGAAGUGACUUGGGGAGCAGAGGACGAAGAGAUCUGGCGCAAGCUGUCCUUCCGCCACUGGCCCCUGCUCUUCAGCUACUACAACAUCACCCUGGCCAAACGCUACAUUAGCAUCCUCCCGGUCAUCCCCGUCACCCUCUACCUGGACCCACAAGAGGCCUUAGAGGCCCGUCACCCUCACGAGGCCAACCGGUACCAGUCCUCCUCCUCGCUGGGCAGUGGGAGAGCACAGCAAGCUGACCGGCUGGCAGAAGAUAAGCCCAGAGCGCCCAGCCCACGAGACGUCACGCUCUAUAAGGUCGCUGCUCUAGGCCUCGCCUCUGGGAUCCUCUUGGUCCUCCUCCUCUUUUGCCUCUACAAAGUCUUCUGCCCCAAGAACUAUGGGCAAAAUGGGCCCUCCCACAGUCGCCGGAGGAGAGGGGACCUGCCUUGCGAUGACUACGGAUACUCGCCUCCCGAGACGGAGAUCAUCCCCCUGGUCCUCCGCGGCCACCUCAUGGACAUCGAAUGCCUGGCCAGCGAUGGGAUGCUGCUGGUCAGUUGCUGUCUGGUGGGCCAGAUCCGGGUGUGGGAUGCUCAGACCGGGGACUGCCUGACCGUCAUUCCAAAGCAAGGCUUACGCCGAGACAACAGCAGCAUCUUGGAUUUCCAGGACUGUUGGGAUCACAGCCCUGACAGCCGAAGCGGGCCGGAUGACCCUUGGGACGGCAGCCACCCCUUCAGUAGGGCACGGAGCCCCCCACCGCCACCCCUCUUCAGUGACCAGCCUGAUCUCACCUCCCUCAUUGACACCAACUUUUUGGAGCAAGCCAAGGCCGCUGCCCCAGGGCCCCGCCUCCGGGCCGUCAGUGGCCGGCAGGAGGGCUACGACUUCAGCAGCCUGGUGGGGAAGGUCUGCGAGGAGCAGCAGGACCCCCCCAACUGCAUGAACUUCCCCGGUUUCCCGGCCGCCCCCAGGCAGGUGCCCUUCGGCCCCCAGAGCAGCGGACCCUGGCCCCGAGGCUGCAAGGGCGAGGAGGCCGAAUGCAGCACCCGCAGGAGCAGCCUGGGGGACGAGCCUUGCGUGGGGCUGGAGAAGACCUCUGCCCCUCUCUCCUGGGGUGGCGACUUUGAAAGCUCCAUCUGGAGCUUGGAGCUCCAGGGAAACCUAAUUGUGGCUGGCCGGAGCAACGGGCGGCUGGAGGCGUGGGAUGCCAUUGAGGGAACCCUGCAGUGCAGCAGUGAAGACGGCCCGUCAGGCAUCACCUCCCUCGUCUUCCUGAGCGACAGGAUUGUGGCUGCCAGGCUGAAUGGCUCCCUAGAUUUCUACUCCUUGAGGACAUCUGCGUCCGUGCAUCACUCUCAGUUUCAAGCAACCCCAGGCAGGAACAGCCUCCCCUCCCCGCCCAUGUACAGCAGCAGUGACGUCCUCACGUGCCAGCUGACUCACACAGUGACCUGCGCUCACCAGAAGCCGAUUACAGCCCUGAAGGCUGCAGCGGGGCGGCUGGUCACAGGGAGCCAGGAUCACACUCUCCGAGUCUACCGUCUGGAGGACUCGUGCUGCCUCUUCACUCUGCAGGGCCACUCGGGUGCAGUCACGGCCGUCUACAUCGACCAGACGAUGGUGCUUGCCAGCGGGGGCCAGGAUGGCGCCAUCUGCCUCUGGGACGUGCUGACGGGGAGCAGAGUGAGCCACAUUUGUGCCCACCGGGGGGACGUCACUUCCCUGACCUGCACGUCCUCGUGCGUGAUCAGCAGUGGCUUGGAUGACGUCAUAAGCAUCUGGGACCGGAGUUCGGGGAUCAAGCACUAUUCCAUUCAGCAGGACAUGGGAUGCGGGGCCAGCCUGGGGGUGAUCUCGGACAACCUGCUGGUGACCGGCGGCCAGGGCUGCGUCUCCUUCUGGGACAUUGGUUACGGAGACCUGCUGCAGACCGUCUUCCUGGGCAAGAGCAACGAAUCCCAGCCCGCCCGGCAGAUCCUGGUGCUGGAGAACGCAGCCAUCGUCUGCAACUUUGGCAGCGAACUCAACCUGGUUUACGUUCCGUCUGUCCUUGAGAAGCGAGACUGAAGGGGGCCGAUUAUGAGGACCAGAGAGCCCCCACCUGCCCCCCCAGGAGCUCUUUCUGGCAGCGCGGGGGUGAAGACGGAACGCAGGCUCCUUCCCAGUGGAAGAACGGGUCGGGGGAGGCCUAUGCCGAAUUCUCCAGGCGUGGAAUAAAGAGGGGUUCCUCUUGUGACGGACAGUCUGGCAG